UGCAACUGCUUUUCAGAAUAUUAUGGCAAUAGCUGGAUGGAUAAUCUUCAUAUCUUUGAGGAAUGCCAUUGUUCCGCCUUGCAAGAAAAUAAAGACCAGCAUUGUGACAGCUUUGAUGUGAGAAAUCCAUUUUUGAAUUAUAUUCGUCAGCCGCCUCAUCUACAUUCUCCACUGCAAGAAAACCUAGUUGUCGCAUUAUACAGCUAUAAACCCCACUACAAGAAUGAUCUUGGCUUUCAAAAAGGAGAAAAGCUAUACAUACUGGAAUGCAAGAAUGGUGACUGGUGGAUGGCAGAGUCUCUGACAACUGGACAACAAGGAUUUGUUCCCUGUAACUUCAUAGCUAAACUUCAUACAUUAGAGACAGAACAAUGGUUCUUCAAAGGCAUAAGCAGAAAUGAUGCAGAAAGAAAUCUUCUUGCACCUGGAAACACGCGUGGCUCUUUUAUUAUCAGGGAAAGUGAAACCACUAAAGGUUCCUAUUACUUAUCCGUGAAAGACUUUGAUGAGAACAAUGGAGAUGUAGUCAUACAUUAUAAGAUCUGGAACAUGGAUAAUGGUGACUACUACCUUUCACCAAAAAUAACAUUCAGAAACCUCAAUGAAAUGGUACAUCAUUAUAUGAAGGUGGCAGAUGGACUCUGCACACGGCUGGUGAAACCCUGCCAUACAGGAAACCAACAGAAGGCAUGGUGGCAUGAUGAGUGGGAAGUUCCUUGUGAAAACCUAAAGUUCAAGCAGAUACUUGGAGCUGGGGAGUUUGGAGAAGUCUGGCUGGGAUACUACAGUUAUCACAGAAAGGUAGCAAUUAAGAUCCUGAAAGAAGGAACCAUGUCUCCAUAUGCUUUUCAUGCUGAAGCAAACAUCAUGAAGAACCUUCAACAUGACAAAUUGGUCCGUCUUCAUGGAGUAGUAACCCAAGAAACUAGCUUCAUCAUCACAGAAUAUAUGGAAAAGGGUAGCUUGGUUGAUUUUCUGAAAACCCCAGAAGGUUCUAGACUGAACAUCAACACACUUAUAAACAUGGCAGCACAGAUUGCGGAGGGAAUGGCAUUCAUUGCACGCAACAACUAUAUCCACAGAGAUCUGAGGGCAGCCAACAUCCUGGUCUCAGAUAAACUCUGCUGUAAAAUCUCAGACUUUGGAUUGGCCCGAUUGAUUGAGGACAAUGAAUAUACAGAAAGAAAAGAUUUAAAACUUCCAGUUAAAUGGACUGCACCUGAAGUAAUCAAUUAUAGUACUUUCACAAAAAAAUCAGAUGUUUGGUCAUUUGGAAUUCUGCUGACUGAACUUGUUACAUAUGGAAAUACACCUUAUCCAGGCAUGACAAAUGAAGACGUAAUUAAUAAACUGAAUCAAGGGUACCGUAUGCCAAUCCCUGAAAACUGCCCACAAAAGCUAUAUGACAUCAUGAUGCACUGCUGGAGUGAAAACCCAGAUGAUCGACCUACUUUUGAGUACUUGCAGAGUAUUCUGGAAGACUUCUUUACAGACACAGAAGACCAAUAUCAGCAGCAACCAUUAUAAAUGGCACAAAACAGAGCAGGCACGACUGGCCCAGCUUGUUAACAUAGUAGACAGUUUUACAUUUCCUAUUGCCCUGUUAUGUUUAUUUUUUUAUUUAUUUUAUUUUAUUUGUAGUUUGUUAACCGGGAAAGUCCAUUGGGCCGAGAUGAGCCCAUUUUCAAUAGAGGCCCGGGGAGAAAAGCUCCAAUAUAGUCUUACAAUGACAAAAAUGAAUCAAAAAUUGCAAGUAAUAUGUGCUGUAUACAAAGGCAUAGAAAAAUGCACAGUAUUUAAAUAUAUAUUAUACAUAUAAUUAAAAAUGACAUAGAAAUGGAAAAAAGAUAAAAAGCAUUUAUGGAUUGAGGCCUAGCAAUGCAUAUUAAGUAGAUAUACAUAUAUCAAUACAGAUGGAAGCAGUAGAGAUUAUUAAAAUAAUGAAGCAACUUUAGAGAGUCAGGCAUAAAAAGUAGAAGGAGACCUUAGGUUGAAUUUUGAGAUAGGAAAGGUGUAAGGUGUAGGGGUGGGAUAGAAAGCAUCAGGUGUGGUGAGAGCAGGACCAUUCCCAGUGAGAAGAGAGAUAAGAGUGGAGCAAGGUCUUAAAGGAGGAGUGGUUAUGGGUGGUUCUAAUGUGUGGAGGAAGUGCAUUCCAUAAUCUAGCAAGGGAGAAAGAUAGUAAAAGCUGACCUGGAGAACGUGUGGGUUUAUACACUUCGAGGAUAUUGUGAUUGUUGGACCCGAGUACUCUAUGAGGAUGAUGUAUUUUGAGGGAGAAUGAUAGGGAGGGACAGUUACAGGGUUUGAAGAUGAGCUUAUGAGCAAAGGAGAGUUGAAUGUAUGGCAGAUAAUUAGGGAGUUCCAGCCAGUUCAAGGCGUAGAGAGAGUCACAGUGAUGAGAAGAUGAUUUGAAUCUGGUGGCGAACCUACACAUUUUAUUGUAGCAGGAAGAUAGAUGUGACUUUAGGGUGGAUUAAAGAUUAGUAAGGAGAGGGGCUCCAUGUGGUAGAGAGGAGUUGUUUGGUUGAGGGAGUAAGGUAGCAACUGUGUCAGUAUAGUAUUGCAAGUUUUUUGUGGGUUUUCUUGAUAUUUGUUUGUAGAUGAAUGUUGAAUUUUAAUUGGUCAUCGAUAAGGACACCAAGCAGCUUUGUGUGUGGAAGUAUUUCAAUAGAGGUCAUGUUUUGGCUGACUAUGGAAAAUUAUUUCUUGUCAAUUUUCGUGUAUCUAGAUGGAGUAAAUAUCAUAAUUUUGGAUUUGGAUGCAUUGAGAGCUAGGUGGUUAUCCAGCAUCCAAGGUUUGGUGGAGGAAAAGGCAUCUUGAGUUAAAAACAUAAGUUUGAGGAGAGAUUUGGCAGAGCAGAUGAUGGUAUAGUCAUCAGCGUAUUGGACGAGUUUAGCAUUUGGGAUGUACUGAUGGCAGUCAUUGAUGAAGGUGUUAAAUAGUAAGGGGUUCAGUACUGAGCCUUGUGAAACACCUAUCAGAGUGUGGAGGAAGGAAGAAGUACAGUUUUUCCACUUUACAGCUUGUUGUCUGUCUGAGAAGAAACUCGUAAACCAGUUGAUGGAAGAAGAGGAAAGACUGAGAUGAGAGAGCUUGGACAAGAGGAGGCUGUGGGAAAUGGUAUUGAAGGUCUUGGAUAUGUCACGAUACAGUAUUGCCAGAAUCAUGAACAGAGUUAAUGAUUUCAAGAAAGGAGAGAAGGGCAGUAGUGGUGCUGUGUCCAGGUCUGAAUCCAUGUUGUGUAGGGGUCAGUAGUUGAUUGUCUAAGAGGUAUGGCAAGAGUUGUAGGUGGAGACAUUUUUCAAGGAUUUUAGAGAUAGGGGACAGGAUAGCUAUUGGAUGGAAACUGGAGAUUUCAGAGUUGAUGGCUCCUUUGUGAAGGGGAAUGGUGAAGGCUUUUUUUCCAGAGUAGGGGUACAUAAGAUUCUUGGAUGGAGCAACUUAUUAGGAUACAGAUGGGCACAUCUAUGCCAUCAGCAGCUAGCUUGAGGAAGAUAGAUGGAAUGUUAUCUGGGGAAUUAGAGCAUGGUUUUAAUUUUAGUAGGAGUUUUUAUAAUAUUUAUAGGAAUAGGCUUGAUAGUAAAAGGGGGGAGAUGAGUAGCAUUGGUGGCUGUGGGGACAGGAUUAGAGGUGUUGGAUAAGGUUUGAGUUGAUAUAUAAUUAGGGAAAGAUGAAAUAAGCUUGGCUAUUGAGUCAAUGAAGAAGGAAUUGAAUUGAGUAGCUAAGGCAUGAUCUGGAGAGUUAGGGUCAGGGCAGGGUUAUCUUUUUUGCUAGGACAGAGGAGGGAAAAGAUACUGCUCCAGAUUGUUCUGGGGUUGGAUUUAAAGUUUGGAAUAGUAGGAUUUUCGGUCAAUAGCUAUUUGUUUUUUUAGCGUUAUUACAAAGUUGCUUGUAUUUGGGCAGGGAGUUAGGUGUUUUAAAUCUUUGGUAGUAUUUCCAUGAUUUAUCUUGGAGAUGCAUGAGGAUUAUAGUUUCUUUGGUUAGCCAACAGACAGUUUUGGAUUUGACCCUUUUAGUUCUGGAGGGGACAAAACAGUUAAGAAGGUUAGUGAAUACUGUAUUGAAGCAAGUAACAUCGUCGUCCAAAUGAAGGAGUUUUAGAGGGUUUCAGUUCAUAUGUUUUAAAGAGUCAGCGAAAGUUUGCGUCUUAAAAUUUUUCAAGGUAUGUGUUAAGAUAUGGUUGUGCUGUAGAUGGAGGGAGGAAGGUGAAUGGCAAGUGAAGGCAGGAAGAUGAUCACUGAGGGAGUCGGGUAGGGUAUGACUAUAAGAACUAAUGUUAGGGUUGGAGACUAGUAUCCAGUCCAGAAUACUGCCUGAGGUGUUAUCCUUAUUACGCCUGGUAGUAGAGUUGACUAGCUGGGUAAAGUUAUAUAGGUUUAUACUCUAAGGGGGUGUAGGUGAGUGUAUAGAGGACCAGUUUAUGUUAAGCUCAACUAGGAGUAUUAUUUCAUUACUUAUGUUAGAGGUGAACCAAAUGUUAAAUAAAUAAUUAAUUAAAUACAUAUAUAAAUUUAGAAGGAUGAGGAGCUUUACUGUGUGACAGUAUUAGGAUCUCCUUAUUUACCUACCUGACAGACUAGCAUUGAAGUGCCUUCUUUCUACUAAAAAAAAAAAAAAAAAAAAAAAAAAAAAUCUCUGCAACUUUUACAUCUGAAUUUACCAUUAUGCUUAGCUUAGAACAUAUAUCAAACAGUGCUAAACUUAUGUGGGGUUUGCAAAAAUUAUUAAGUGCUUGCUAAUACUACAGACUGUAUUCUCAUUAUCAUAUGAAUCACUUGGAGAUGGACUUUGUGUCUAAAAAUGUUUAAAGUAGCCCUGUUAAUCCAAACGCUAACUGUUUCAGCCAUUAGCUCAGUGACCAUAAAUAAAUUUGACUUUCUUUAAAUGUA